AUGUCGCUCGCGUCCGCGCCCGUGCGCGCGCGCGCGACGCCGUCGACGUGGACGCGACGCGUCGGUGGUGGAAAAGUGCGAUCGCGACCGGUGACGCGCGCGAUGUGGAUGAAAGCGAAUGAUGACGACGCGGGCGUGACGCGUGGCGAACGAGCGAGCGCGGCGGCGACGGCGAUGCUCACGGCGGCGAUGACGCUCUCGGCCGCGGGCGCGGCGCACGCGGGGGUGAAGGAGGUGGAGGAUUACUUGAUCGCGUUUUGGCACUUUCGCACGGCGGAUACGACGAGCGUGCUGUUGUACACCGUGGCGCCGAUCAUGGUCCCGUACGGGAUCUUCUCGAUUUUGAUCGGGAAGAAGAAGGAACAGCAGUUGGCGGAGCUCGAAAAGGGGGGCUGGCUCGCGUUCAUGAAGGAGCGAGAGUUGAACGCGGAGAUGUUGGAACUGCCGCAACUGAACGCCUUCGUCAAGGCGGCGGACGCGGGGGUGUUGGACGACGCGAUGGUGACGGAGUUCGUCCGUAAGCUCAAGGUGAGCGAACAAUGGAAGAAGAGUACGAUCGCGAUCGAGGAUAACCGCGCGGAAGAGGCGAAGAAACGCGCCCGGGCGGAGGCGAUCAUCGAGGCGAAGAAGGCGCGCGGCGAUUUUGAGAAGACCAAUUCGCGCUGA